AUGGAGUUGGACAUCGGUCUAGAUUCAACCCCACAGAAUGCAUCCGAUCACUUUCCAAGACCCUCGCCUCGGGGCACUGCUUCUUAUCCCCGACGACGAGCCGUCAAAGCUUGCCAAACUUGCCGAGCAAGACGAACCAAGUGUGACAAUCGCAAGCCGUCAUGUUCAUUCUGCCUCAAGGUCGGGGCAACCUGCAUCCAGUCACCAGUCGACCUGUCGAGCUUUGACCCGGCGAGCCUCAAGAUACUGGAACGUCUGGACGAUCUCGAAGAGGUCUUCAAGUCAGCACUGAGCUUGCAGGGAUCGGCCUCAGGAUGCAAUGCGGACAGUGUACCAAGCCCCGAAAUGCGGGUGACAAAGGCACCGGACCAGCCCCUGGACCCAAGCGUGGUCAUGCCUGUGUCUACGCGCCAAAUCCUCUCCUGGCCCAAGUUCCGCUGUAUUGCCCCCCAAAGCCUAGAAUUCUCGUCUCCAGAAUCUUCUCACCACCAACAGAGUCGGCCAGGGCCGUCUGCGCAAUCGCCCAUCUCAGUUGUGGGCACUGUGGACCUGGAACCCGGGCGGGCCCAGAAUCUGGUGGAGAACUUCCUCAACUACGUCCACAUCAAGAACCCCAUAUUUGAUGAGAGAAUUCUCUGGCGGCUGGUGCAGUCAGUCGCGCUCAACGGUGUCGACUGGUCUGCGGACUCGUGCUUGUUCCUCCUAGUCUGCGCCCUGGGCUCGAUCGCGACCCCUUUUGGACCAAGCCCUGACACCAUGCCAUCAUGCGAGGCAUAUCACAGGGCGCAGGGCUUCUUUCAAGCUGCACAGAAGCGUCUGGGUAUGGUGCUGUGCUCUGAUGACAUUCUGGCGCCACAAUGUCUCUUCCUAUCUGGGGUAUUUAUGAUGUGCACAUUCCAAAUACCAAAGGCAUGGAGGUUCUUCCUGCAGGCCUUGGCGCAUUGCCAGGAUAUGGAGUUCUUGUCAUUUCGAUCUCAGCCGGGGACUGGUACGGGCUUGGAAAUGGUGCCGCAGACCUUGGACUCCGACACUCUCCACCAAGCUGUUUACUGGUCAGCGUGGAAGUCGGAGCGAGAAGCGCAGAACGUCUUGUCCCUUCCGGACUUUUCCCGCAAGGAUCACGGCUCCGGGUUGUACCCGGCAUUCUUCCCAACUCCUCCGGCCGCAUCUUCUGAAGCAGAUCUGGCCGGCUCGGGAAGGCAAAGGGAACAGACUGCAUGGUACUUCUACUUGGCAGAGAUCUCUCUGCGUCGCCUCGUCGCACGCAUCAGUGAUGAGAUACGGACCCUGCAGAGGACCCAUUCCAGCCUUGACUCCUUUUUACAUGCUGCAGCGGCAGCAGUACCCACUUAUGAGGCUCAAAUCCAGGAGUGGAUGAACUCUCUCCCCCCGUCUUUGUCUCUCGACAACACGUCAGGUACCGAUAUUUGCCAGUUCGUACUCGAAGGGCAUGCUAUCAAUGCAUUUGAAUCCAUCUACUGGCCCUUCUUGGCCGCCCGUUUGGUCACGCCCGUCUUAGACUUGCAUCUGCUAGACCACUUUCUUGGCUAUGCGCAACAGGCACUUGACAAUCACGCGUGGAGGUUGAGAGCGAACGAGCCCGGGUUCAGGCAUCGGCAUCACGGGACGUAUUUCAUGAUAGGGUCUUGCUCGAGAAGCGCGUUAGUCCUCGUGCUCACGGCUUGGCAUAUUGAGUCUCUGUCUGCUGGGAAGCCUGCUGUGCCGCCCCCGCUGGUCAUGCCUGCAGGAUGGAGGGACUUGGUGACCAGCGUCUCCGGAAUGUUGGACCAUUGGAGUGGGGAAACACACGACUUUGACGAUGUGCGUUCUGUUCUUAGUCAGUAUGCUAUUUUCAAUUGA